GCAGUAAUGAGUUUAGUGUGUAAUGAGGAGGAUAGAGAGGAAGAAACAGGUCCGGCAUGCAGUGAAAACAGUUUAAACAGGAUUAAAAAUAUAAUUUUCUCUUUAUUAAUGAAACAACCGAGCAAAAAUGAACGAAAAACACUCUGAGGCCACGCCCCCUGGAAGAAAAGGCAAUUUAACUGGAAGCGCAAGAAAACUGAAGGACAACGCUGCAGACUGGCACAACCUGAUCCUGAAGUGGGAGCGCCUGACUGAUGAGGGAUCGGCCAUCGCAAACAAAAUUGUCAACUACAGAAUAAGUGAAACGUCUGUGAAGGAACCAGAUAUAGUGUUGGUAGAUGAAGGUUCAUCAGAAGCUCCUUCAGAGAGGAGAGCGCACCAGAGCAACCCGGAGCUGGAGGAGGAAUGCGUCAAUCUACAGAACAUUGUAGAUAAAAUGGCCCACAUUCUGCUGAAGAUGGAGAAGAUUGUCUCUAAUGAGAGAGGAGUGUAUAAUUUGGAGAUGUUUCAGUUUGGAGUGCAAGGAAGACCAGCGCCACUGUUCCAAACCUGGUCUACCCAACAGUUUGCUGAAGUGUCUUCUAAGCUUUAUGAGGCUUACAAACAGGAGCUGGCCCUGAAGAGAACCAUCCUGCAGGAACUGGCCCACACCACCAACACUCACCUGUCUAUGGUCUACCUGUCCUGUUGGCUGUAUCAGCCCUACGUUGAGGACAACACAAAACUGACGUUAGAGAGUUUACUAAUGGAAACAGGCCACAGAGCUCUGUGAUUUCUAUCUGUGGCAGUUUUUCCACACUGCCUGAGGACUUUUAUUAAACAGGAAUGGAUGAAUAAUAAAGGGGGGAGAAGA